AUGUUAAAUGAAAAAGAGGAAGAGGGCGAUAGACCCUAUAUCAGGCAGUUGGGGGACGCUGGUCGGCUUUUGGCAGAUUUGUUUCACCAAGAAACUGUUUCACGUAGAGAGCUUGCCGUCCUCAAUAUCAAUAAGGAUUUGAGAGAUAUUUUAUUAGAUUCCCCAGUUGAUGACUGGUUAUUUGGAAGAGACCUUGAAGAUAAAGUUAAGCAGUCUAAGUCUUUGGUUCAAAUAAAGCCUCCCUCGAUCAUCGCAACGAGGUCUACGCAUGGGAGGGAGGCCGUUUCAACAGCAUUACCGGACCAGUUAUGGAGGAAAACAGCAGUUCCGAAGAGUUCAAGAAAGGAAGCCAGUACGGCUGGACCAACAAGGGCAGAGAGGGAGAUAUCGCCGAUGAAUACUGAGGUUGGUGAAACAGCUGGCAGAUUAAAAUUAUUUUAUGCAAACUGGUACAAAAUAACUUCUGACAAGCAUGUCUUGUCAUGGAUUAAAGGAGUUAGGAUUCCAUUCUUUAAGAAGCCUCGUCAGUCUCACAUACCGAAGGAACCUAAAUGGUCUCCGACAGAACUGUGUGAGAUUGAAAAUAAUAUUAAAAAAUGUUUGUCCACUGGGGCCUUGAAGAAAGUGCGCCCUGUUAAGGAUCAGUUUUUAUCUAAUAUUUUUGUAACUCCUAAACCUGACGGUAGUCAAAGACUUAUUCUCAACCUCAAAUCGUUAAAUGAUUACAUUUCAGUUAGUCAUUUUAAAUUAGAAGAGCAUAAAAUAGUCAAUGCCUGUUUUCCCAUAGACGUUUUCAUCUUACUCGUCAAUGUUCUGCCUUCUACCCUUGCUAGGGCGGCGCUCAUGGAGGGCGUGGCAAUGACACUAUUGACCCCGCCCUAA